CUUCGCCAGCCUUUAUAAACAGCACAACUGAUACCAUUAGUUUCUUUGAAUUUGGCCACAGAGCGGCUGCGAACCUUCGACUAACAUGACUGAGCAUCGAACCCUGGAAGGAUGAGUCCGAAGGCAAAGAAAAAAGCUCGAACAUCCUUCGGGGCAACAGCACCGCCCUUCAUUGACUACCUGAAAGAUAUUCUACGUCGAUAUCCAGAUGGUGGACAAAUUUUGAAGGAGCUGAUUCAAAAUGCAGAUGAUGCUCAAGCCACAGAAGUGGUUUUCAUCCAUGAUGAGAGAAGCUAUGGGACUGAGAGCCUUUGGACUCAUCAAUUGGGAGAAUACCAAGGUCCUGCUCUCUACGCCUACAACAAUGCAGCGUUCACUGAUGAUGACUGGGAAGGAAUUCAGAUGGCAGGGAGGAGCGUCAAGCGCAAUGACCCAAACAAAGUCGGGAGGUUUGGAAUCGGCUUCAACUCUGUUUAUCACAUAACAGAUGUGCCAAGUAUAUUCAGUUCAGGGCACCUUGGCUUCAUGGACCCCCAAGAAAAAAUAUUUGGAGAAAGAAAUGGAGGUUUUCUGUGGUCUAUGGAAGAUCCAGAACACCAGAAAGCUCUAUUGACUAUGCAUGAUCAGUUCCAACCCUUUCGAGAUAUAGUUUCGCUUGCAGGCAGACAAAAGUGGUCAAAAGUCGUCACGGAGGAUCAGCACUUUGAUGGGACAAUUUUCAGAUUCCCCUUGCGCAGCAAGGCAUCAGACAUUUCAGAUAAUCUAUAUGACUCUGAUAAGGUGGUGGAGCUUUUUGAUAGCUUCAUUGCGGAUGCAGACUUAAGCCUCCUGUUCCUGAAAAACGUGACCUCUGUGUCCUUGAUACAUAUCAACGUACAUGGCAAUGUUAACACCAGACUUGAAGUAAAAUCCUCAGUUCUCACAGAUGUCGUUUUGGAGUCAGAAGACGAGUCAAUCAUUGAGGGUUCAACAAGGUUCAAAUUAAUAACCCUCAACUCAGAAGACCACAAAGAAACAAAGUGGCUUGUGACAACAUGUACCAUGAAAGAAGGCAAUGUAGAAAAUCUCGAUUUACUUGCAAAAAAGUUGAGCUUUUUCCCUCAAGUUGAUUUGGCAUUCCCUUGUGGUGAGAAGAGAGGCUGUAGCGAGAGUAGACUGAGCUGCUUUCUCCCCCUCCCAAACAAUGAAUCCAAUAAGACAGGACUCCCAGUUUAUGUCAACGCAUGCUUUGGCCUCACAGACAACAGAAGACACAUCAAGUGGCAAGAGGAAGACCAGAAACAUGACGAACAUGCUGUGUGGAAUGAAUUGCUGAUGAAGGAGGUGCUCCCACAGGCAUACCUCAUGAUCAUUCAGGAUGCUAUCAAACUUGCCCAAGAAUGUAUUCUGCCUGUCGCUUCUGUGUACGAUCUGUGGCCAGAUAUCGCCCAGAUAAAGCACAAAGACAAGUGGUAUGAUGUUGCUCUAGAUGUUCUUCAUCACUUAUUCAGACAGAAUGUGGCUGUCCUCUCUCUGGCCAAAGAUGAAAGAAAGUUUAUCACUCCAUCUGAAGCUGUGUUCCCCUGUAAUGGUCCAACAAGCCCUGACAUACUGGCCGCCAUUAAAAGGACUUUGGUUUCCUGUGGAGAAAAUCUGGUAACUUUACCAGGUAGUGUUGCAAGAGCUAUAAAUGAGGCCUAUCCACACCUCAACACACUAAAACAUGUGACUCCAACGUUCCUAAGGGAUAUUCUCCGUAGGACUGGUGUGCACAUCAUCUCUAAAGACGACAAACUCUGUCUUUUGGAGUACAUUUUGAAUGAUGGAAAAUACAGAGAACUCGAGGGUCUUCAGCUGCUUCCACUCAACGAUGGCUCUUUCAGAUCAUUCACAGACAGAGAGGACGACACUGCUUUAAUUGACAGCAAUGAAUUUCCAAGAGUCUUGCUACCAUUCUGCAAACACCUCUUCAUCCCAGAUGAUCUCAGUCCAGCCUGCAGUACCCACCUGAAAGAACUGGCCAAGAAAAAUUUAUUCAAGGUCAUCAACAUUGAUGCAGACCAGGUGGCUGAAUAUACAAGGAGGUAUAUGCCACAGGACUGGAAGCAGAUGAGGACAGGGCUUGUUACCUGGGACAUCAGCAGCAAUCAACAUCCACCUUUAGACUGGCUCCAAGAAUUCUGGAAAUUUCUCAACAAACAUUUCAAAGAGUUAAGUAAUUUCACUGGAAUGCCUUUAAUACCAGUCAGUCCCCUGUCUGUCAGUCACCCUGUAUUACUAGCAAAACUACAGAAGAACACAAGCCUCAUUUUUCAGAAAAGCAAGCAGAUGAACUUGCCAGAACAAAUAGCUCAGUUGGUGAACAAAGUCGGUGGCACAGUGGUGAGAGGAAACGAGUGGCUCAAGCAUGAAGACCUAGACUCUUAUGUGCUGUGUCCUUCUCCAAAGAGUGUCAUGAAAGUCUUAGUGAAUUUAGAUUCUCAGGAUCUCACCAGAGAAUUCAAGACUGUCUCUCACAAAGCACGAGAAGAACUGAAAGAUUACCUCUCUCGUCUGGAUUCUCUCUCAGUCAGUGAGAAAGAUUUACUCUCAAAGUUGCCUCUGUUUCAAACCAUGAAAGGAUCCUGUGUUGCAGCUCAAUCAAAACAGGCUGUGCUUCUAAUUUCAGGUCUAACAGUACCAACAGAGUUCCCUAUGCCUGAUUCAGUAGUGCAGUGUGCAACUGAGGCUGAUCGCAGACUGUUACAGCUGCUCAAAGUUAAUCUCUUGGACACAGCUGAAGCAGCCAAUCUCCUCAUUGACUGUAUUGAGGGGGGGGCUUACAGAAAAGAAGACACUGAGAAAAUCAUGACUUGGAUUUUACAGCAUGGUAAUAUCCUUUUCUCUCAAAAUCAGACCUUGAAACGCAGAUGUAAGGACUUGAGCUUCAUUGAAGUGAAUGGAAAGCUGAAAAAGACCUCAAGCUUUUUUGAUCCAAGAAUUCAAACUUUUAAAGCCAUUUUUGAGUCAGAUUUCUUCCCCCCAACUUUAUACACUCACACAUCACAGAUGCUUAAAAGCCUAACAGAUCUAGGAUUGCUAAAUAAAGAAGCAGAUGUGUCACCUGAGCACUUGUUGCAUGCCGCCACACAGAUUGACAAACUGCACGUUAACUCUCAAACUGAGGCUCACAAAAGAGCUCAGGUGCUCUUGAAAAUGCUGGAUACUAAUGAUCUACUGUCAAAAUUUUCUCAUGAGCAGCUUGAUCGCCUCAAAAUGCUAAAAUGGGUCCCAUGUGCUACACCUGGUAAUGACAAAAAACACUGCAAUGACAAAUAUCAGAAAAGUUGUUUCUUCUGUCCAGAUGAAAUAAGACAUUCUAAGUACGAUGACAUUGUUGGGCAUGUAAUGCCCCUGGUGGGAGAGUUCAGUGACAAAGUUAGCAGCAAACUUGGUCUCAAACGCCUACCCCCACCAGAAAAAGUGAUAGAAAAUUUGUCAGUCUUGACAUCAAAAGCACAGAAAAUGGCUGAUCCUGACACAAAUGUGGAUUUCAAAACAAAGUUGUAUAGCAUUUACAAACACAUGCAAGACCACAUCUCUGAAUUUGUAACAAUGAUGAACAAGGAAAAACGUUGGCUGUGGAGCCACAACCAGCUUGUAUCACCACAGGAUCUGGUUCUAGACUACCCACGUAAUCUAGAUCUGAGCUCUUACAUUGGGAAAGUGCCAAAUGAAUUUCUGCCAUACAAGAGGUUACUCCAGGAGUUUGGCCUGAGAACAUCACUUUCAGAUGAAGAAAUUGUUGGCAUUCUUCAUUCUAUCCAGCAAACCAUUGAAGGAAGGCAACAGCCAUUUGCAAGUUCCUCUGAGAUAAAAGUGUCAAUAGAAAUUCUAAACUGGCUGUGGAGAGAGAAGAAGAUAGUUCAGGAUGACAUCCCGGUGCCAGUCCUCAUAGAGGGUGACCGAUAUACCCUUAAACCACUGUCAACAGCAGUCUUCUGUGACGUAAGCAAAAAUGGGUUGAAAGAGUAUAAGUACAGUCAGGAGGAAAUUCACGUUGUACAUGAAGAAAUCCCAAAAGCAACAGCUGAAUGGUUUAACAUCAGAUUUCUCAGUACCUACAUCCUUGCUCCAGAGUUAGUGGGAAUAGAACAGUGUGGACAGUCUGAACCAAUAACAACAAGGAUUAAAAACAUUCUUAAAGAGUAUGAUGAAGAAAGUGACAUCUUCAAAGAGCUCAUUCAAAAUGCAGAAGAUGCUGGGGCAGAAGCCUGUAAUUUCUUGGUGGAUUUCAGAGUGCACAAAGAUGCCCCUGAAAGUCUCAUUGACCCUGACAUGGCCCUUUGUCAGGGACCUUGUCUUUGGGCAUUUAAUAACAAACAGUUCACAGCUGCGGAUUGGGAAAAUAUUGUCAGAGUUGGCUCUGCCUCAAAGGAAAACAAUGUGGAAAAAAUUGGAAAGUUUGGACUUGGAUUCAAUACUGUGUAUCAUGUGACAGAUGUUCCUUCUGUCCUCAGUGGCAACAGUCUUCUCAUACUUGAUCCAAAUGUAACUCACCUUAAGAAGCACAUCAAACAUAAAACAAAUCCUGGAAUCAAGCUGGAUCUUUCUCAGCAGCGACUUUUUCAUUGGUUUCCUGGUCAGUUUGGACCAUAUGAACGUAUUUUUGAUUGUAAUUUCACCAGACAAAGUCUCCCUGAACCCUAUCCAGGAACUCUGAUCAAACUACCUUUCCGAACUGAAGAAGAGGCUCUCAAGUCAGAAAUAAGCACAAAGGUGUAUCACAAACACAAUAUCAUCACUUUUCAACAGCACUUCACUGAGAAUUCACAAACUCACUUGCUGUUUCUGAAGAACAUCAAUACAUUAUCUCUACAAAGUAUCUCAAACAAUGUAUCAACUCCACCAAGACAUGACGAAAUAGAAACCGUCCUCACUGUGUCCAAAACCACUGUGAGUACAAUGAAGGUUCCUGAUGAAACUAAUGCAUCAAAGCAGAAUCAAGCUGAGAAAGCAUUGAUGAAACUUGAUGGAAAAUGCAAAGAGGUCAUUGACAGCGGCACAGUCAACAUUGUCCAAAUAACCAGCCAGCAAUCUGGUGCAACUGAAGUCCAGUCUUGGCUCCUGUACAACUGUCUUGGGACACAUCAGUCUUUGAAAAUGGCCCUUCAAGGACACAAGCAAGCCACGUUCUCUUUGCCCAUCGGGGGGAUUGCUGUGCCUUUGCAAAAUGAUCCAGACACUGGGAAACUGGCCUCAUUACAAACAGAUCUUGUUGGACAGGCAUUUUGCUUCCUUCCUCUUUCCAUUCAAACAGGUCUUCCAGUCAAUGUAAAUGGAACAUUUGCUGUGACAAGCAACCGAAAAGGUCUAUGGGAGAGUGGAGUGAAACAUGACUGGAACAAAGCCCUUCUUCAGGAUCCUGUAGUGACAGCAUAUGUUACUGUACUCUUGGUACUAAAGAAAAUGUCUGAAAACAAGCAACUGGAAACUUACUGUUAUCACAACUUUUGGCCUGAUAGAGAGAAAGUGAGUCAAACUUUCAAGCCUUUGGUUGAUGCAUUUUACUCUGCCAUUGCCGAGCACUCCAUUGGUCCAGAGCUCUUUAGUGAUGGAGAACAUUGGUGCUCUAUGGACAAUGCCAUAUUUCUACAUGAGAGCAUUGAGGAGGAUAAAGACAUCAAUGCACUUGCAGUGCAGGUGUGCAGGAAACAUGCAAAAGCACCCAACCAUGUUGUUCUUCUUCCACUGUGGUUGAGAAAUGGCUUCAAACAGGCUGGCCUAGAAAAGGUUUUACAGAACAGAACAUGGAACUGGGAGAAGUUUUACCAUGAAGCAGUGUUUAACAACCUUGGUACCAUGGACCCUAAGAGUAGAGAUACUCUUGUGCUGCAUGCUAUUGACCUUAACAUCAAAGAAAUUGACAAUCUACUGGUCCGCUAUCCAUGCAUCCCCACAACAGACGGGCAGCUCCAGUAUAUCAAGAAACUUGUGAAUCCAUCAGGGAAAGUGGUCUGUCUUUUUGAACCAGAAGAGGGGCGCUUGCUUGGUGGUACCAAAAAUGACUUUUGCUCCCCCAAAAGGAUUCAACGCUUGGUUGAACUUGGAAUGGCAAAUGAUCAUCUCCCAUUGGAAGACAUCACAGAGAAAGCAGGCACAAUCACCAAAACCUGGAGCACUGACAAAAAGAAAGCAUAUGGGCAUUUGAAGUGCCUUCUUGAACUUAUGAAGAAUCACAUGUAUGACAAAGACUCUCUCCACUGGGAAACACUGAGGAUGACUGAAUUUCUCCCAGCAUUUUCCUCCGGUGAUACAAAAAUGGAAAGAAAUGCAAUACUUAGAAGGCCCACUGAUGUUUUUAGUGACAAAUGCCCCCUACUCGUUAACAUGACACAACCCGUGCUGGAUCAUACCAAUCUGAAAAUACACAAUUCUGAUCCAGUCCUGCAAAUUUUGGGAGUUCAUGACAGUCCAAGACCUGAGACAGUGCUUCAGCAGCUGCAAGAAGCAUGUCAGCAAUCUCAAUUCAUUGACAGAUCCAUGCUUCACAAAAUAGCAUGUGAAUGCUAUAAGUUUCUGGAUCAUUGGCUCAGUGAUUCUGGGAAUUCCACUUUCAUUUCACAGAGGGCAAAUUCAUUCCCAUUCAUUCUUGUUGGCAAUACAUUUGUAAAUGUGAACCGUGUAGCAGAAAAUGAGCAAUUUGAAGCAAAACCCUAUCUCUAUGUACUUCCACCUGCCUUCACUUGUUUCAGGGGGCUCUGGGAAAGUGUAGGUGUUAAAAAACAUUUUACAAUCAGUCAGUUUCUAACUGUGCUCCAGGAAUUGCACUCUCAACAUGGCAACAAGCCCCUGCCAAGGAGUGAGCUGUCAAUUUGUCUCACAAUUUUAAACAAAGGGAUAUAUGAGGCUAAAGAGAAAACAACAGGUGACUGUCUGAUACCCAAUGAACAUGGUGUUUUACAACCUGCAAGUGAGAUGUUUUACAAUGACAGCCCAUGGAUGCCAGUCGCUUCAGGUGUCACAUUAUGCCACGAGGAUAUCUCACGUGUUGCAGCUCGCCACUUUGGAAUCAAAACAACCAGGCAUCAUACUCUGCAAAACCACGUAGUUGAGAACAUUUCACCAUUUGUUUUUCAGUUUGAACAGCAGGAGCAACUAACUGUUCGAAUUAAAAACAUAAUUUCAGCCUAUCCAUCAAAGAAGGAUAUCCUUAAAGAGCUUAUCCAAAAUGCUGAUGAUGCAGAGGCAACUGAAAUUCACUUUGUUUGGGACAGACGACAGCAUGGCAAAACAAAAACAUUUGGAAAGAAAUGGAACCAACUGCAGGGUCCAGCACUGUGUGUGUUCAAUAACAAAGUGUUUUCUGAUGCUGACCUGGCUGGCAUUCAGCAGCUGGGAGAAGGAGGAAAGCGCAACUCUCCAGGGAAGAUAGGGAAGUACGGAGUGGGAUUCAACUCUGUUUACCAUCUCACUGACUGCCCCUCAAUCCUCACUGGAGAUAAAUUACUCUGCAUUUCUGAUCCCAAUCAAAAAUACAUUGAAAGUCAUUCAGACAAACCACUAGCUGGCACUGGCUAUAAACUAGCUGACACUUUCAAGAACAUGUACAUGGAUGUCUACAAAUCCUUUCUUCCAGACAUAUUUCCUCUUACAGAGGGCACCAUGUUCAGAUUACCUCUAAGGGUGGGUACCAUGGCAAACAGCUCUAAAAUAUCACAGCAGGGAGUCACUGACCAUGACAUGAAAGAACUCUGCUCUGCCCUCUCUGAAGAUCCUGAAGGACUAAUACUGUUUCUGAAAAACAUCUGCAAAAUAAAAGUCCAUGAAAUCAGUGACCAUUCAGGGAAACUCAAAACCAUCUUCAUGGUUGAAAAAAGUAUACCAAAGACAAGCACAGAAGGAAAAGAUGCUUUUGUAAAACUUCAACAAAAUGCGCUACAGUCUGACAAACCAAUAACCCCACACAAGGCCAUUUAUGAAACCAUGAUUUCAACCUCAGAUAAAAGACAAAGUAAAUGGAUCAUUGCAGAACAGUUUGGCUCAUUCAAAAACAGUGGCAAAAGAGAAAUAGCACUAUCAGACAAACUUCCCCAAGCAGCAAUAGCGGCACGUGUGAGCUCAAAGACCAGUAAGAGUCUAGCACCAUCCAGCCAUAUGGAUUUUAUUGGAGAAGCCUUUUGUUCACUUCCUUUGCCAGGGAAAACUGGACUGCCAGUGCAUGUCAAUGCCAACUUUGAGGUAGAUUCUGCCAGGAGAAGCCUUUGGAAAGAAGAUGGGCAGAAUCUAAAAUCUAACUGGAAUAAAUCUUUGAAACAGAAUGUCAUUGCUCCACUGUAUGCUGAUCUCCUUCAUUACAUCAGCCAUAACAUUGCAGAUAAGAAAGUCCUUCAUGCACAUAUUGAGUCAUACUUGUGUUUUUGGCCAACUGUGUCCAAAGAUGUUGGUCAGGAUUGGCAUGAAAUGAUACAUGAGGUGUACAGAUCAAUCAAAGAAAGAGGCCUUAAUGUGAUUCCAGUGUUGAGGAGUUCAACACGUAUAAUUGCACACCGAGAAGUUUGGGAGUACUCUUUUGACUGGUGUAACGUCAGAGAAACUGAAUCAACUAAGGCACCCUACCUGACACAAUCAGCAAAUGACAAGAUGAAUCCCAUUUUGGAAGAUCUUGGAAUGACAUUGGUUCCCUUUUCCAUGAAAAUGCAAAAAGUUUGGAAUAGUUUCAAAUCUGCUGGCAUUGAACUGAAAGAUGUUAAUCCUUUAACUGUGCAGACUUUCCUGAGAGAAAAACCUCUCAAUGACCCAACCCAAACAGAUAAGGAUUUACCCCUGCCCAUAACUGCCACUCUGAUCAGAGAUGAAACAAGAUGUUCAAAGCUCUUGAGUUUCUGCUUACAACAUUUCGACUCAAAAAAGGUCAACAAUGAUGAUUCCAGGUUAGUGAAUGGGCUUCCACUUCUUCUCACAAGAGAUAAAGUUUUGAGAGUGUUUAACUCCAAAUCUCCCAAGCAUAUAUCAAGCUAUGAAAGUAUGUUCUUUGGCAAUGAGGACCAAUUUGCAGAUUAUCAGACCAACAGAGGCCACAUUCAUGUUCUGCAAACUUUCAACCUUGUCAGACAUUUGACAGUUCCCUGUGCAGCGGGAUAUCUGAAGCCGUUAAUUCAGCAUCAUCUUCAGAACUGUGAAGUUGAUCCACACAGUGGUCUUCAUGUCCCAAACAAGACAAUGCUGCAGUGGUUGAAAUCACUUUGGAAGUUCUUAGCAAGUCAAAUUAAACCUGUUACAUCUAGUGGUGAUGAACAAAGUCUGACAUUAAGUGAUGUGAGGCAGCUCUUCAAUGACUGCUGCAUUUUACCUGUUGUGUGUCCAAGGUUAAACAACAAGCACUUCCUGCAAACAAUGAAAGUCAUGCCAAGUGUGAUUCAGUUCGCCUCAGACAGGGACAUAUCAGGCAUCCUCUUUAAACUUGGUUUUAUGAAGCUUGACAGUGUAUUCUUCUGUGGGGUACAUGUAGACCGACAGGAACAUUUAAUUCUACACCCUGAACUUAUGGAUGUGAAUGAUAAAAGCUCUGUGUUGGACCAGGUCUACAACAUUAACCACUCAGAGUUUUCCCAGCUUUCCACUGAUGAUAUGAAAGAGCUUCAGUGUUUCCUGCAGUCUGGAGUAUCCAAGUCCAAAGACAAACAAGGGUAUGAGAGGAAGCUCAGAUCCAUACCAUUAUUUGAAACAAUACAUGGUAACCGAGUGAGGAUUGAUGGACCUAAAGAGGUAUUUAUCCUCAAAAGCACCUACUCAAGGACAUUUCCAGAUUUGUUCAUCCUACCUGACAGCAACAACAUUUUUCUCCAAAACAAUCCAGAGAACUGCAGUCUGUCAGAAACAUUGAAAAUCCAAAUCCUGACAGAUUUGGACUGUUUCAUGAAGUUCAUUCUGCCCGUUGUACACACACUCACAGAGACGGAGAUGCUUCACUGCCUCAAACUGUUACUGUCACUACAACAUGAUUUGAAUUAUUUAACGUAUAAGGACAAAAUCAUCUCCUCGAUGAAGACAGUGAAAUUGAUUCGCAAUUCUCAAGGCAGAUUGGAGACGGCAUCAUACUACUUUGAUGAGAGUGUCAAACUAUACAAGACAAUGGUGCCCCAAGAGAGAUUUGUGCCUGAAGGAUUUUGGACUGAGUUGUGUGAAGGAAAUAUACAAACAGAACUACCAAAAAAGUUACUCAGAGAACUUGGAAUGAAGCAUGUUGUGUCAAAAGAUGACAUAAUACAGUUUGCAUACGAGUUAGAAUCAGAAGCAAAAAGAAAUCGCCAACUUGGAGAGUUGAAACUGAAAUCAAGAUUACUUUUCCAAGAAACCUUGACUUUUGUGAGUAACAACCAAAAUAAAGAGGAAAAGUUGCUGGAGAGCAUAGCUGACAUCAAGUUCAUUUUUCCUGUGGAAAUUCGAAAAGAACUACAUAACUAUCAUCAACCACUUGCCGCUGAGAGAACUGCUGUUAAAAUCAGAGGAUCUUUGAUGGAAAGCGAUUCUAAGCAUCAAGACCUGAUUUGGACCUCAAUGCCAAUUAUACAUCUACCGGUUUAUAAGUCACAGAAGCUCCUACAAAUGAUGAAAAAUGCAGGGGCUCAUGAACAACCACCUCCACACUUUGUAACCAGUAACAUGAGCAACAUCUGUCAGUCGCCCUGUAAAACUGACAAGUUAAUCAAAACCCGUGCUAAUGUGUUUCGAAGUUUGUAUGCCUACCUGCAAGCAAAUGAGUUCGAAGGCCAACCACUGGCUGGUCUUCCCAUUGUGUUGGUUGAAAAAGACGCAGAACUUGUGAGGACUGAUGAUGCUUCUCUUUCACUCCUCUGUGACAAUGAGUUCAGACCAUAUUUGUACAAAAUUUCUCCGAAGGAUGCCUUGUUCAUAGAGUUCUUCAAGAAAAUUGGUGUAAAGGACAAACCUACUGCAGUGCAGUAUUGCAAUGUUCUGGCAGCAGUUUAUGCUGAUUCCUGUGAUAAACCACAACUAAACCCAAACCAACAGAAAACUGUGAAACGUGCUGUUGAACAGUUUUUUCAGUUAAUCAAAACUCAUGGAAAACAGUCCCUUCUUGAUGAUGUAGAGACUUUGUAUCUUCCUGCUGUAGAUGGUAAAUUAUACCCAUCAUGCACACUCUACUACAAUGACACAGUGUUUGAGACCAAAAGGUUAGAAGAAGGCCUGGAGAACAAGUUUCUGUUGCUUGAGAAACUCAGUGAAUGUCAUUUGGGCAGUGACAUCUAUGAGCAUCAUCGCUUGCUGCAAUUGCUGCCUCAGAAAUUUCAGCCUAAAAUGCUGUCUCAAUUAACAGACGAGAAAGAAGUGAAAUUACACAUGCAGCUUUGUGAGUUUGAGACUGACUGUGAAUUUAGUGGAUGGUUUGACAAACAUCUGUCCUCAGGAGCGUUUACACAUGGACUAAUUUGUCUUAUCAGAGAGCAGUCUAAGGGAGAAAUAACACAAAAUGAUGUGACUGACAUGUGCAAGAAGACUUUUGGCAGUAUUCAGAUUGUCUGCUGCAAAAGCCUGGAAACAAUGCUUUGGCUGGAAAAACAGCCACUACACAAAACUGCCACUGAAACCGAUGUUUUUGUCAAACGAGGGCAACAAGGUUGCAUCUUUUACUUAAAACACAACAAUGACAUGGCUCCUAAGGUGAUAAAUGAAGUCAAUAUGACAUUGACAAAGGAGAUAAACGCGCUUUUAGGUAACAAAAUCGCAUCACUUCACCUCCCAGUCCUCGGACAACUUCUCAUGUGUGACAGUCUGCAAGAUGUUCGGAAAACUCUGGCUAAGAAUGGGAUCCGUGACAGUGCUGAAACUGAAAGCUUCCUUCUCAAUCCACCAGCCCCUGGGACAGAUAUUCCAGAAGAAUGGCAUGAUUCCUUAGACAUGAACAUCCUCAAUAACUUUGAAGAGGGGGAAUAUGUUGGCUACAGCACCAAAAACAAGUAUAUUUAUGCAGUUAUCGUUGAAGAACUUCCUGGGCAUUCUGGGCAAUAUUCACGGAGAUACAAAGUAGAAAUUGGAGAAGAUGAGCCAAUUGAAGUUAGUUGUCUUGACCUGUAUCAGUUGAAACGAGAAAAGAAGCCACAACCUGAAGGGAGGACUUCCACAUCUGCUGAAACUUCUUGCAUGGAGCUGGAGCCAUUAGCAGGAGCUGUGCCACAUUCUUCCCAACCAUCAACUACAAGUUCGUCAUCUACGAGAUCCUCAUCUACGAGAUCCUCACCAGCCUCUAUUGAUGAAGCUAAAAGAGAAAUUGACGAAUGCUUGGCAGAGAUCUGGACUCUUCCUGAGGAGGAGAGGCAUAAAGCCAUCAAACGACUGUACCUUAGAUGGCAUCCUGACAAAAACCCUGACUGCCAAUCUCUUGCCACUGAGGCAUUUAAAUACUUGCAGAAUCGAAUUGAAGAACUCCGCAAAGGCAAAACUGCAGGUUCAUCCUCUCCAAGGGGAAACUCAAAUUUCAGCAACUCAAAUUUCAGCAACUCAAAUUUCAGCGACUUCUAUCAGCAAUGGAAUCAGGAGGCCAGGCAUCACAGAAAUGGUCGAGAGAGAUUCUCGAGAGGCCAACAUUCCUACAACUUUUGGUCCCAUAAUGGAAAUGUCCCGAGGCCGAACAGGGAGGAGGCCCAGCGCUGGUGUAGACAGGCUCGCUGUGAUUUCAAUGCAGCUUACAAAGACACUGGUGGGGAGAGCACAGAGUGGUGUCUGUUCAAAGUCCACCAAGCUGUGGAAAAGUCUCUCAUAGCUGCAGAGUAUAAAAGACAUGGUCAACAUCCCACCAGCAACUCCAUUUCAGCCAUGGCUGCAAAAGUUUCCCUCUACAACCUCCAACUGAGAGUUCUGCCUCAAAUUGUGGAAAAUCUGAAGACGCUGGGAGUGGACACCAAAAAAACUCAGUAUCCCAACUGCCAUCCAUUUCCCCACAUUCCAAAUGGACAGUUCAAAUCAGAGAAUGAAAUGUUAGCACUGACCAAGGCAUCUGAGCUUCUCAGUAAAGUAGAGGCAUAUGUGAAUUAGGGAUUCAAGACAAACACAACAUGAAGACGUGAUGUUGACAGAGUCAAUUUAAGAUUUUUUUUUAAUCUUUCCUGAAAACCAAUCCAUAUAUCACUAGUUUUUAUGAAAAUGUUAAUAUCAAAGCAUUUUGUGCAGUGUUGUAGACAUUUAUGACAACUCACUGAGGACCAAUAUUUGUUGUGAAAAUGCGAAUAUAAUUUUUUUUUUUGCGAUGUUGUAAACAUUUAUGAUAACUCACCGAGGAUCAAUAUAAUCACUGUACGACCUUGUUAUGAAAAUGCAAAUAUCGAAGUUGUUUUUGCGAUGUUGUAAACAUUUAUGAUAACUCACCGAGGAUCAAUAUAAUCACUGUACGACCUUGUUAUGAAAAUGCAAAUAUCGAAGUUGUUUUUGCGAUGUUGUAAACAUUUAUGAUAACUCACCGAGGAUCAAUAUAAUCACUGUACGACCUUGUUAUGAAAAUGCAAAUAUCGAUGUUUUUUGUUAGUUUUAUUACCUUUUUGAAAUAAAAAAAAAUGAAAAUAACGAAAUUCAA